CUCUGUAGAAAGAGAACCAUGGGUGUCAACAUGAGUGCUGCGGAAUCAGUGUGUGUGUGUGUGUGUGUGUGUGUGUGUGUGUGUGUGUGUGUGUGUGUGUGUGUGUGUGUGUGUGUGUGUGUGUGUGUGUGUGUGUGAGAGAGAAUGUGGUGGAGGGGUCAUUGGUAACAGGUGAGGUGUAAUUAUAAAAGGGUAGCCUUUAGUUUGUAUGUUGGUGGAUUCCCUAGGUGAAAGGUCUGUGGUCUUUAAGCCUCACCUCUCCAGGUCACCUAAUUUAUCUUAAAACAGCAGUGUAGCUGAUUGACUUAUGUUGUUGCUUUGGGUCUGAAUAGGCUAAUGAUGAAGAAAAGUGAGACUCUCAAUCAGCAAUUGAUAAGUAAAUCAAUCUAUCAAUCAGGUUUUCCACAAGAACAAGACACUGAUACCUGAUAUGGAUGAGAUAUAGAGACCAUAGUCCUGAAAGAUAUUUAAAAUGGACGUACAGCAUGUUUGAUUAAUCUCAGCUGAAGGGGAUCUGUGUAUGUGGGUUUAGAGGUUGGCAAGAUCAAAAUUAAAGUUGAGCCGGUCCACAAGCCUUUGCACUGUGAGAACUGUAGACUCCACCAGUGUGUAUGUGUGUGUGUGUGUGCUUGUGGUGUUCAGAAGGUUGACGAGGGGAGAUGGACAUGGUUUUAAAACUAGGGACACAACAUGAGGACAUGGAAAUGAUCAUGUAUUUGAAAGAGUAUUUUAAAAUUACUGUUGCAAAGAAUAGAGAUCACCUAUAAUCCUUUAGAAUGGAAAUGUGACAAUAUUAACGCAAUAUGAUAUUACUCUAUACUAAGGAAUGCAACUGCACACAUGCACAGAAAAUGUUUUUAUGAAAAUAUAUGUAUAAAUAUAUGACAAAAUAUAUUUAAUUAGAAUGCUAUGCACCCUUAUAGAGUUGUUAUGGAUGUUAUUUAAGCAUAUUAACUAGACUAUAGUAUAGGUAAAUGGCCACAUCGUGGGGAAUGUAGAGGCUUUGUAGGUAUUUCAAAUUGUUUUCUUUUCUUUUUUUAUUGUCAUGGAGAGAGGAAAAACAAACGUGAAUAUGUAUUCAAGCCUUUGUUUCAAUCAGAUUUUAUUCUGACAUGAAGAUAUGUAUAGGUCAUCUACUCUGUACACCAGCUCCAACCAUUUACAGAAAUGAAUAGAGAAAGAUGUGAACAUACCUGAUGUGUUCUCUUACACAUUUUGAUGUGUUUGAGAAUCAAAUGUAAAUUGAUGUACGUUUGUAAAUGUAAAUUGUAAAUCUAUAUGUAUGUGUAUAAAGGUAAGUACAUUGGUGCGAAAGUUAUCGGGCAGAGUGGUUCUUAUCCUUUGUUUCAAAGACUUAGGCCUACGUAUGACGGCUAUCCAUGUACUCUCACAGGAAUAUUUAAAACCUUAUAUAUUUUUUAACAAUCAUAAUUCUAUCAUUCAGUUUACAUUAAGUUAUUUAGGCUAAAACUACAACUCCCUGUGAACUCUCCCUUAUUUGGUUUAUGCAGGAUGACGUCCAGUUUUUUCUGAGGUACUUUCAACGUUGUUUUGAGGAGCACUUACACUAAAUUAUUUUGUAGUAGUAUUGGAGGCACGUGGAGGGCAAGGUGAUCCGAAAAGAUGGAAUGAGGAGAAAAACUGACCUUUAGAUGUGAAAUUUGCUCGCUGUCUGUCAUCUGCUAUACGUUUGGUCUUGUUCGAAGGGCAUGGUUUACAGCUGUUUGGUUUGUAUUCGUAGUUUAAAGGAUGUAUUCGGGGGUACUGGGAGUCAAACGACUAGUCAGGCUAUCCCGACCACCCGCCCUGUCAUCAACGAUGUGGCCCUCGUGCCUCAAGAUUAUUCUACAACACCAGGAGGGACACUCUUCAGUAUGACCCCUGGAGGCACCCGAAUCAUCUACGACAGGAAGUUCCUCCUUGAGUGUCGAACCGCCCCUCUGGCGCGCACCACUCCAUGUCGCCCUGACAUCCCAGGGGUAACCAGCCCCCCCUCAGACAACACAACCACUGACACAGCCCACCCUAAACAGACCACCCAACAACCUCAUUCCACCACCAGUAGUGCAGGUAAAGGUCUGGUGUGUGAGUGUGUGCACAUGCAUACACAUGUUAUAUAUUAGUGUCUAUAAUUUUUAUGACUGUUUUCUAUUUUCCUGCACUGUUUUCAUCUUGUUUUUUUGCGGGGAAGGAUGCUCAAUUUGAAAUGGACAUUUAGCCAUUUGAUGGAUCAGCUGGAGUAUUGCAGCCUUGAGGAUAACAAGGAACGUGUGUUUUACUGUGUGUUUUAAGCUGUCUCCUUCAUUUAAUAAACACAGCAUUAUAAAAGCGA